GGAUGCUUUCAAUAGCAUGGAAAGGCAGUGGGAAAGCCUCAGAGAAAAGCUAUCUGCUUUAGGUGUAAUUCUUCCGUCUGCGUCAGCUAUUGUAGUGGAAGAUGGAGGGCCAAAAAGUGAUAUUGCUGAAGACGUGUGUCACCAAGUUUCUGUUGCAAGGUUUGUGGCUGAUGCCGUUGGUAGGGGGGUUGCCAAGGCAGAAGUCGAGAAGGAGAUGGAGUCUUUGGUCGAGUCAAAGAACUUUGAGAUUGCUCGGUUGAUAGACCGACUACAUUACUAUGAAACGAUGAACUCUGAGAUGUCUAACAGGAACCAAGAAGCUAUGGAGAUGGCGCGUCAUGACAGACAAAGAAGGAAAAGAAGGCAAAGGUGGAUUUGGAGUUCAAUUGGUGUCACCAUUGCACUUGGCUCUGCAGCGCUGGCAUGGUCUUAUUAUCAGCCGACUUCAAAAGGAGUGUUGCCAAGCAGUUCUUCACAGAGUACUGAGAUUCCCAAAGCAACAAAGUUGUGAAUCGCUUUGUUUUAUGUAGAAGCCUAUAUAAACAGGCAUAGGGUUUGUCUCUAGGAUACAAUCUUUUAUCAAUCAUAUUAUUUAUCAAUCUUGUUAUUCGUUUAACACGAAUUCUCUUUUAUC